UCAAAAUUGGAUCAAUUGAAAACUUCAUACAUAUCUUCCAUGGUUGAUUACAGUCUACUUUUACAGUUUCAGCCUCGUUUUCAAAUUCACAAUAGACUCUUUCUAGUCAACGAAAGCAUAUAGUGCAAAUCGUGUAAUAAUAUAUAUUGAAACCAUGUCCGCUCCAAGUGGUCCUAAUGCUACCGGUUCAGCCCAGAAAAGGAAUAAUGUCAUCGUAAAGGUAGGCAUGCUUGGUGAUGCACAGACUGGUAAAACCACCUUGAUGGUGAAGUAUGUGGAGGGAUCUUUUGAUGAGGACUAUAUACAAACACUAGGGGUGAACUUCAUGGAGAAAUCAAUCACCAUACAACAGACGGAGAUCACCUUUGCUAUCUGGGACUUGGGGGGUCAGAGAGAGUUCAUCAACAUGCUGCCACUAGUAUGCAACGAUGCAGUAGCGAUACUCUUCAUCUUCGAUCUGUCACGGAAGCAAACGCUAAAUAGCAUCAAAGAAUGGUACAGACAGGCACGAGGAUUUAACAAGACUGCGAUACCCUUUCUGGUGGGGACCAAAUACGAUGUGUACAACGAACUGUCACAAAAGGAACAACAAGAUAUAUAUAACCGGGCAAAAAAAUACUCGGACGCCAUGAAAGCUCCGCUGAUAUUCUGCUCGUCAUCGCACUCGAUCAACGUCCAGAAAAUAUUCAAGAUCGUGCUAGCCAAGGCCUUUGACUUAAGAUGCACCAUCGAACAAGUCACGGACGUGGGCGACCCCUUAAUCAUCUACUAGCUGCCAUAGAGUAUAUCUUCACCAUUAUACAACGGAACACUCAGCAAUACACUCGAGAAGGGAGAUCCCGUGGUCGGCUGCGCUCUCACAGGUGCACACAACAUAUAUGCACGUGCACUGUGUGCGUGUGUGGUGUUAAGUGCGCGUCUGCCUCGGAAUGGGAGAUUGUAUCUUCACCGUAGAAUGACCAGGUCACCCAAGUGCCCGCGAUUUGGGGCCAUUCUGCACCGGACAUCCUGUGAUGCUUUAUAAUGCACUUGGCGUUAACGGUUGGAGUUGCAUGCAGUGGAGACAUGCGUGAUAGCCCUAAACGUACAACGCACGGGUGUCAUAUUAUUGUAUACUGUAUUGGAAUCAACAUUGCCCGUUACUAUAGAUAUCCCCCAGCCCCAGACCGCCUCGAGUAUUGUCAGCGACUUAAACUGCACAAACAACCAUCCAUAAAAGCAAUGCACAAAUAAC